ACGUCAUUAAACAUCUACGUCGAUUCUCACCCCGCUUUGGUCUGUACGGGACAAUUCGCUUCGGGGAACGUCUCAAACUAUGCAUUAGCCUUUCGGUUGCCCCAGCAGCGUGCACGAUGCGGCAUGGAACUUAGCGGUAUGAGCAAGGUUUCUGAGAGUACUUUGAUCAGUUCUUCUCCGUCAUGCCAGACUCACAUUUAUGACAGAAUUCCGCGCAGCCCAACUGCGGUGGUGCAGCCCAGUUCACCGAUACCGUCCGCACACAGCUCUGCAGGCACCGAUGGAUUGAAGUUUACUCUCGUGGACGAGUCGCCAUGUUUGGCGGCUUUUAAGUCACAAACCGACAGCAAUCAUCAUUCCAUUUCGCCAGAGAUUUCAUUCGCCACUUUUUCCAAUAAUCUGGAACGAACAGAUGAUCUUUCAGUAACCAACCAGGCGACGUCGGGCCCUGACCUUUCCCAGCUUCCAAACGACGAUUCCAACGACAUCAAUAGGUCAUCUGCCGUCGGAAAAUCCCACUCGAGCCCUUUAAUAUGCACAUCUCCUGCUAUUGCUCCUGGUUCAACAUUUUUUUCUCCUGAUCACCAGUUAUUAAAUGGAGGGUCCACACCAAUUUCCUUUGUUUGCCCAGCAGAUUGCACUACCCUUACCGCUGCCGAUACGUCGCUCGACGUUAAUGGAUUGUCUGGGUCCCAUACUACAGCAUCGCCUAACGAUGUUGAUCGUACAAGAAUGGAUCUCACAAAGCUGGAUGAAACGAUUGAUUAUGUCCUAUCGGCAGCACGUAGCGAUGAUCCAUGUGAGGGGCUGUUUGUUCUUCCAUGCCGCACCCGUGAACACACAACAUUGUCGUCACCAACCUUACGGGCUAACACUCCGACAUCAGGCCAUUUGUUUUCUCCUUCACCAUCACCUACUCCAUCCUCACCUCAGUCUUGCCAUGCUACGGCAUCUCCUCUUAAUUCUACUAAUAAGCAACUACAUCUAUAUGUCAGCUCCUCGGGUGUCUCCAGUAUCGCUACCGCAACUUCCAUGCCCCGGUACGUUGUGGACCAAAGUUCAGGACUAGUACAAUUGUCUACAGGUGUUGUGAAUUCACAAUGCCUUCCAGCAAUGUGUAAUGGCCAGCAGUCCCUAUCUUUUGUCCAGGUCUUUUCGGAUCCACCAAGUUCAUCUAGGAUACCGAAUCAUGAACGUUCCACCGUACCUCAGUUGGGGUCCUUGGUUACUUCUCCGCAGGUGGUUUUCCAUUCUGGCCUGUCUCACGCCGUGCAAAACCACUCAAUCGCACAGGUAAAUCACACUCUUUUACCAACGGCUGCGGCGGUUAGGGGCUGUGGGCCACUGGUUUCUCCUAACAAAUCCAAUUUGUUAUCCCCUGCCACUGGUUCCCGUUCCACAAAAUUAUCAACAAUCCCCUGUGCUCCCUUUUCUUCGAUAGACCCUCUCCUUUCUCCUAACAGAGCUGUAGUAAUCAGUCCCCCUAUGUGUGUUGUACAAAACUCUAGACUGGCAUCUCCAACUCGUAAUGUAUCCGUCUUUUCAACCUCCUCCAAUGAUAUGCCAAACCAAUGUUCCCAAUUGCCGGGUGAGCGACGCCACUACGUACACUCCCAGGUUCCAGUUUCUUUUCGUCAGCCCAUUGUUCCUGCACAAGCAUUCACCCCAUCAUGCAUAUCAGCUGCCAAUACAGUAUGCUUACAACCUACUGUGCCUGAUCAGAACAUUCCACUUGUACAUCCUGGUCCCACGAAUGCCGAAUCCCUUCGACAUAUUACGCAGAGCCACUCCGCAGCUUCGAGAAAGCGAAGCAAUACAUCCGGUUCCGGUCUGUCGAAACGUCGGAAGACAACUGCCGCUCCUCCCACGUCGCUUAUUAACGGAUCCACGAAUCUAAUCAAAGGAUCUUUACUCGAACCCAAUUCUCCCUACCGAGCCAACAUAGUAGCACACGAAUAUUUUGAGAAGUUAAAGCUGGGUGAUCUGAAGUCGCUGGUUUCCGCACCUGUGUUACGACCUUACCCUUCCGUAUUACCACCUGUUGGGAGCACUGAUGUUGUGACUCCGUUUCUGAAAGUUGACGACGAACAGUCUGUUUUAUGCAGAAAGGGCCUGAAGUACAUUCAUGGUUCAAUGUCUGUCCAUAUCCCGAAGUGCUCUCUUUCGGAGGCUUCAGACCGAAAAGUUGACAGUUAUAUUCUGCGCCAUUUACCAAACGCAACCUUCAUCGGCCCCUUGGUUUGUGGCUCGAAAAACCCCGCUCAUACGAUGUCCCCAGCGUCUCCUGUUUGUCCUUCCCCCGAGCCUUUAACAUUUGAAAACCAUAUGUUAGCUCUGUUCUCCACAUUCAAUCGGUCUCCGAAGGAAGAAUGUAAGUCCACGUUGGUAGUUGACCGAAGCGUCUCUCAGAACAUGUCAAAUAUGCCGUCUUUCGCACCCAGGUUACUGCCAAUGCUCGCUGAAGUGACGCCGAACUCUGGGAAACCUGAUGCAGAACGAUCAACACCCCCACUUCCGCUUUUCCACAUGCCUAAUCCAAGACUUGUGUAUGAUCAUGCACGGUCAGGUUCUACCGACCGUGAUGGCGCGGAAUUUAACACAACUGCUCAAUCAGAGACUUCUCGACCAAAUUCAACUGUUAUUUACAAUUCACCGUCUCGUGAACCAAAUGAUGUGAAGCCGCCCGUCAAUACUGCACUUGGAACGGGUCCCCUAAUUGACUCAGAGACAGGCGAAAUUGUUGCUGGACACCGCUUCCGACCACCUGCAGAACCAAUGCAUUCUGACAAGUUACAUAUCACGUUUACCAUCAAUCCAUCAAUGACUGGUGGCAUUCCCAAAAUCGUACAACGGAUAGCUGAAUUACUGGGGGUUGAGCAAGAUUCCGUUUCCUAUCAGGUUACACGGUCUGGAGCUCAAAUAACUUUAGACCAAAAACAAUCCCAGAGCGAGGGUUUGAUGCGAAAUCUCGAAAGCCAACUUCGGGAGCACUUUACUCCUCUAUCGUUACACGUUGAAACGGCUUCAGUUAGGCCAACUGAUUCCAAUAUCCAUUCAGAUUUGCAAACACUUGUGGAACGAGAGGAAAUUUUGAUUCACCCUGGGACAGGACGGCCAGAGUUGAAACAGAAUGUCGAUACCUCAAGUGUUUUAAAAUCAGACGGCCCUUGUAUAACGAAUUCCGAUCGGACCAGAUAUUCGGAGGAACCCGUAAGCGUCGUUUCGCUAUUGGCCAACAAGCAUGGGGUUUCGAAACCUUGUCAAAACUGUGAUACACUUGUCUCUCCAUACAGUGGCCAUCGUAAGACCCUCGAUGAUAUUGCUGCUUUAACCGGUUUGACAACGCGCACCGAUACAAAUGGAGACUUUAUAUUUUGUUCUAAGGACUGUAUGUUAGCUUUCGCGCAUUCGAUCUCUGUUCGUCGGCUUUCUCUGGAAAGUCCUACUGCUUGUCCAACUUCCACCGCCACCACUGGAUCAGUUUCAGAUUCUCGGCCGCAGACAUUGGUGUGUGAUUUAUUUUCUACAGUUCCUGUCGUCUUACAGAGCUCUUUACCAAAGCUAGGAAAAUCUUCAAAACGCCACCCAACUGGCGUACCUAUUGUGGCCUCAGGCCACAAAAGGCGGCACGUUUCAGCUGCACAUGGAACGGCAAAACACAGAAGAUGGCGUGAUUCGCGUUGGUGCAUCUUCUCAUCAGAAUUCGUCCUAACCGCAACUCCAGCACCCAGUGAUAAGAUUAUAACAUCAGGACCGAUAACGUUUUCUCGUGAUGACGGUCCAUGUCUGCGCCCCCCUCCUUCAGCUGACCCUCGACGUUGUACGCUCUGUGGUACAGUAGGAGAUGCUUCGGAGAAUGGUUUGGGUCGAUUACUUCCGAUGAAUAUCGACAAAUGGCUGCACGUUAAUUGUGCUCUUUGGUGUUAUGAAGUAUACGAAACAGUUGGGGGUUCUCUAAAUGAUGUUGAUAUCUGGAUUAAGAAGGCAAUGGAAACUAACUGCACACACUGUGGACAUUUUGGAGCCGGUCUACCAUGUUACAACCCUCGGUGUACAUUUUCAUAUCACGUUUCUUGCGCUAUCGCCAUCGGUUGUAUGUUUUUCACCGAUCGUGGUAUGUAUUGUCCUCAACAUCAGCCAAGAGAGGCACACCCGAUGCAGCUCCCCUCUCUUUUAGUGAAUCGUCGUGUUUACAUAACUCGUGAUGAAAAUGCGGAGGUUGGUGGGGUGAUCCACGAGGAAGACAGAACCAAGAUUGUUCGAAUAGGGAGUGUUUGCCUCCAUAACGUGGGGCAGCUGUUGCCACACCAGAUCGAGAGUGGGUACUUCCACACUCGGCGUUACAUCUAUCCGGUUGGAUUUCACACUGUAAGAAUAUACUGGUCCAUGCGAAAACCUCAUCGUCGAGCGCGCUAUGUUUGUGAAAUUGACGAAGCAGAUGGACGACCAUCUUUCCGCAUCACUGCGUUAGACGAUGGCUUGGAAGAUGUGACUGUUGUGAGUGACUCGUGUACCGGUGCCUGGCAGGUUAUUCUUUCGCGCAUCGAAGGCUUGCGUAGAGAAAACAACAUGGUACAGCUGUUCCCGAAACACAUCAAGGGUGAAGACCUCUAUGGGCUAUCGGAACCACAUAUUGUGCGGGCGGUUGAAUCUCUACCCGGGAUGGAUGGUCUGCGCGAUUAUGUAUUUAACUUCGGACGAAUGGAGCUGAUAGCGGAGAUGCCGCUGGCAAUUAACCCUUCUGGGUGUGCUCGCACGGAGCCCAAAAUGCAAACAUACGUUAAGCGGUCCUUCUUGAGCUCCCACAAACUUACACCGACCACUAGCUCGCCCGUAGGGUUUCGCCGAUCCGUGCAUCCAAGUUUAUCUAAUUCCACGCCUUCAGACUAUUCGAAACAGUAUCAAAGCAGUCGAUCUCAACAGUAUAGACGUCUGAAAGGCGAAGCCUCCAGUAACGUUAUACUCGGUCGAUCAAGAAUCCAAGGGUUGGGUUUGUUUGCUGCUAGAAAUUUGGAACCGCAAACAAUGGUCAUAGAGUACAUAGGCGAACUCAUCCGAUUGGAGCUGGCGAACAAGCGCGAGAAAGACUAUGAAGCACACAAUCGGGGGAUUUAUAUGUUUCGUCUGAAUGAUGACACCGUGAUUGAUGCUACUGUCUGUGGUGGACUCGCCCGGUACAUUAACCACUCCUGUCAACCAAACUGUUUUGCGGAAUUCAUCAACUUCGGUGAUCAUUCACACAUCGUGAUCAUAACCAAUCGCUUGAUAGAAAAGGGCGAAGAGCUUUGCUAUGAUUAUAACUUCGAUUUGGAGGACGGUGGCAGCAAAAUUCCCUGUCUGUGUAGAUCGACAAAUUGCCGAAAAUGGAUGAAUUAAAUUCCGCUUUCUGCAUUCAGCACUUGUGUACUACGCUUUGAUGUCCAGUUUUCUGCACCCGGUGAUUAUAUCUGGCCGCUUACACUCUUUGUUCGCGAUAGAUCCCUUCAUACGCAGUGCCUGUUUUCUAUCAGAUGUCAGUGCAAAGUUUUUCCGGCUGUCCAGUUUCUCGAUGUUUGCUCACUUCGCAUCAUGAUUUCUCACCUGUAUAGUUUUAACACACUUUUUAUACUUCACUACUUUCCGUCAAAUGUUACUUCCCUGCUUUCACUCAAUAGCACAUGCACAAACAGAAAGACGGUGAUAUGGGUUUAUGGAAUUGUCGUGUAAAGUGAUCACUGCUUUAAUUUAGUCUCUUCCCCUUUUGACCUGUAGAGACCCAGUGUUGUGUACAUCUCCCUUUGUUAAUUUUUUCUACUAAUCUGUUUCUUGCAUCGUGUCCCCCUGUACAGCCCAGACUUGCCGAUCGUGUAUGAGAAUGAUUUGUUCCACAUUCCUGUCGUUUGUACAUACUUUAACGGCCUCCUUCUGAACGCCUCUAUUUCCCGGCUAUUCGGCCAAACUCCAUCCAGUGCAAACAAAACAUGUUAUACGGUCUGAGGUCGUUUACUCUUUUGUAGCGUUUAUCAAUAGCACUUUUUUAAACAAACCCACUUACUUUCCAGAUGUAACUACUUUUUACCUUAGAAUGGCGCAGAUAUUGGUUGAGUUCCCAUUGCAUCCUGCCUACACCCGUUGUGUCCAUCGUGCUUCUACACGCAUGCAUUUGAA